GAGAGCAUGGCAGAGCUGGAGAAUGAGCUGAGGACCACUAAGAGUGAGAUGGCUCGUCACCUGAGGGAGUAUCAGGAUCUGCUGAAUGUCAAGAUGGCACUGGAUAUUGAAAUUGCAGGGGGUUUCCUCUCGGUUUUAGAGUUUUCUCAGGUUCAGGCCCAGUAUGCUCAGAGUUACCGUAAAGAUUUGAUCCGGUUGGGACAUUUCAGUAUUAUCUUUUUGUAUUAAGUGUAUACGUGCAACAAGCGACCAAACACUGACGCAUCACCACUGCGCCAAAAAGGACAGUUCCAUCUGCUCCACACAAAGACCAGUGCAAACUGCGCACAUCUGGACUCAUGUCAGGAUUAAUGUAGAUGAAUAGUUCCAAACGAAAAUCCAUCUCUAACACAACAUUAAUCAUAUAUUCGCACAAACAGUGGACUACCUGACCCAUCUGGAACGGAUCGGUCCGGAUGUUACCAGCGGGCAUUAAUUAGUGAUUGGGUUGGCCCCCCUAUAAAAAGGGGGACGCGCCCACUGCUCUGCUCUGUCUCCUUGCAAGCCAAGAUGAGCUACGGAUCUGAUAUCUUCACCUCCUCCUCCUACCGGAGGAUUUUCGGCGAUUCUCCCCGUUAUGCCUCCUCUCCAUCGCGGACAGCGAUCAAUGUGUCCUCCCGGGGAGGUUACCGGUCCUCCUCUCUAUCCCGGACCAACAUCUCAUCCCUGGGCUCGUACAGCAGAAAGUCCGGCCGCUCCUUCUCUCCUAUGCCGCUGGAGACCUUCGACCUGACACAGAGCACCGUCCUCAACAAUGAGUUCAAAAUCAUCCGCACCAAUGAAAAGGAACAAAUGCAGGGUCUUAAUGACCGCUUUGCAAUGUUCAUCGAGAAAGUGCGCAACUUGGAGCAGCACAACAAAGUGCUGGAGACGGAGUUGAUCGCUCUGCGCCAGAGACAGACCGAGCCGUCCCGCCUGGCUGAGCUUUACCAACAGGAGAUCCGCGAACUGCGCUCCCAGCUCGAAGAACUGAACGGAGAGAAGUCUCAGCUGCUGAUCGAGAGGGAUAAUAUUGAGGACGACCUGCAGAAAGUCAGGGGAAAAUACGAAGAGGAGUUCCGCGCCCGGGAGGAGGCGGAGGCCACCCUCAAGGCUUUCAAGAAAGAUGUGGAUGAUGCUACCAUGGUGCGCCUGGACCUGGAGAAGAAGGUGGAAUCCCUCCUGGACGAGAUCAACUUCCUCAGGAAGGUGCACGAAGAGGAGGUGGCCGAGCUGACGGACAUGAUCCAGGCCGCCCAGGUGUCCGUGGAGAUGGAGGUGUCCAAGCCGGAUCUCACCUCCGCCCUCAAAGAGAUUCGCGGCCAGUAUGAGUCCAUGGCGUCCAAGAACCUGCAGUCCGCCGAGGAGUGGUACAAGACCAAGUUUGCGGACCUGUCCGAGCAAGCCAGCCGGAGUAACGAAGCCAUCCGCGCCAGCAGGGAGGAAGUGAACGAGUUCAGGAGGCAGCUGCAGUCCAAGACCAUCGAGAUAGAGAGUCUGAGGGGAACCAACGAGUCUCUGGAUAAGCAGCUCCGGGAGAUGGAGGACAGGCACAAUGUGGAGAUUGGAAACUACCAGGAGAGCAUGGCAGAGCUGGAGAAUGAGCUGAGGACCACUAAGAGUGAGAUGGCUCGUCACCUGAGGGAGUAUCAGGAUCUGCUGAAUGUCAAGAUGGCACUGGAUAUUGAAAUUGCAGCCUACAGGAAACUCCUGGAAGGGGAGGAGACCCGCAUCGGGACAGGCAUCACCUAUCCCAGCCCCUCCAUAAGUGCCGGUGUCGGGCAAGGCUACAACUACCAGUCCCGCAUUUACACCAGCUCUGGUAAGAGCACCAAGAAGGAGGGCAAGGACGAGGACCAGCAGCAGCAGCAGAGCAAGACCGGUGCCAAGGUGUCCCAGCGUGAAGUUUAUGAGGAGACAGUGGUCACCACUAAGAAGAUGGAGAAGCAGCAAGACUCCAACGAUAUCCCCACCAAUCAGAAAAACUAAGAGCCUACUGUAAGCCUGUUCUUGACCCUUAAAACCUCCCUUUAUCCUGCAACUCCUCUCCUCUAUUCAUCUCCCAUCCUAAAACAAACCUCGAACCUUUACAGGUGAAGCACUUGUGGGGAUCUAAGAUGAUAGUCCCUCUUAUUAGAAGCAUAAUAAAAUCAUGAAGGUUGCUAACAUCUGAAAUGGAAUGCAGGGUUUCUAGGUUUGUUUUAUGUUGGUUCAUUCCUCCUUGUACCUUCUGUCCCCCCACGUGUGUUCCCCUCAAGGAAAAUCCAUUAUAACUCUACUAUAACCACCACUCUAUACAAAACCACAGUACAUCUGAUCUCUCUCUUUCUCUUUCACAAACUCGACAUCCGACAAUAACAAGCACUGAGGUACGUCUCUUACAGAAGUAUAGUCUCUCAGAGUACAAUAUUCAACUGGUCUUUUGCACUAAUGUUACGACAACGUGUAAUACCGACACACAGUAGAUAACUCUGGUUGGUCAUGCACUACCACCACAAGCUGUGAGAUACUCUCAACACAUUCCAAUGGAAGCAUGUGUGUGUGCGAGUGUUACUGUGUGCACUUAAAGGACAAAAGAUUCAGAACACAUCAGCUGGUAUUGGUUACUCUCUCUACAUCCACUUAUAUGAUAUGAAUAACACCCACCUGGCAUUUUAGUGAGAAGCACAUGAUUAUUAGAAACCAGCCAAAAAUAAAACAGUAAUAUAUGAUCAUGUUUUGCUGAGCCAUUAUUCUUGGUCUCCUCAGUAAAAAGGGAGUUUCUGACAAAAUGUGCUGCUUAAAUCUCCUUACACAAUGUUUUUAAUCAGUCAGUGCACCGUGUUGUUUGACUGUGGUUCAAUCAGCUCUGCAUGACAAUGGUAUAAAAGAGGAUGAAUAUCCUCAGAUGAGCACUGACCCUUUUCAAUUAAUCAAAAUGAACUAAAGUGGAUUACUGUAGACUUGAAGCAAAACAGUAAACAGAUGUAUUAAUUGAGCAUAAUUUGCAUGGUGUAUGUAGAUGUCAUGCUUGCAUGGAGUCCAUCAACCCGCCUUUCAAAGCUCAAAGGUCAGCGAAUCGCCUUCCUUUUCACCAUUGACCAUGCUGAGUAUCAUUGUGCACACUCAUAACUGUAACACACAUGCUUGUUAGCCUGUAAGCCAGAUAGGACUGAGAUGGGCUACAGAUCUCUGCUGUCAUUACUGUGAAAAUAAAGACAGCUCCUCUUUAAGGCACUUAUAUAGGAAUGGGAAACAGAAUGCAUUUGCAAAAUGCACUAUGAAGGAUACAGGGGAAAAUGCACAGCUGAAAUUCUAAGGAACAGGAAGAUUUUUUUUUCUUCCCAUGAGUCAGAGACUGAAUUGUAAAUUAUGCUUUAGCGCAUAAGCAUGAGAUUCUGUACGAUCCAUCUGGGUGCAAUGAAUUGUAUGCAUAUUUAACACAAUUUCCCAUGUGCCAUUGAUGACGCUUGAAGCACAUGUAAGCCCCAGACUCAUGUCACUCAGCCUGAAGAAAAAAAACAUGCCAACAAAACUCAAAAUACAUCACAACCUGCCAGACCACGAUGUGUUUGAAAUAAACUUGAUCUCUCUCUUUUUAACUGUGGCCAUGACUGGAUAAAAACGUCUGUUGUAGUACGACCUCACCGGUAGAAAUCUGUCAGUAUGAAAGACUUGUAGCUUGUUUUUUCUGCUUGUGCACUGCCAGCUCUAACACAGCUAUCUUAUCCUAUGGUGUUGGUCACGCCCUGACAAACUGCACUCACAUUAAGAAUGGAAACAAACUAAUUACUGAUUGUGUGACAGACUGUUCUGGACUGGGUUCUUACUGUUAUACCUGAGGCUUGUGAUAAGUAUCUUAGUACUGUAGUAAGUGUGUUUGUAUCUCUACACAGUGGCCUAUUAUAACUGGAAUUCUUUUUUGGGGGAAGAGGGCAGCAAAUCUGAAAGUUGGGCAUUUUAUUUUACGGAAUACUGAAUUCCAGUGUCAAGCAGAAUGAAAAUCUCAGAGGUACAAGAACGUGUAAACAAAAGCAGCAUUUUAUAGUAUACAGCUAUAGCAAUGGGAUGAAUGAUUCGUGGUUGCAAAUGUCAAGCCUUUGUCGUUCCUAUGUAAACCAAAAAAGUUUUCAUGGGUGUCUGAAGAAAAAUGUCACUACUACUACUUCUACAGCACUGCCAAACUUUUCUAAGCACACAUGCAACACCACUUCAUGCAAAAGCAAGCAUUUCCUGAAUAUACGGUACAGUACGUCACCAUUCCAAAACCAAGACGCAAAGAUCUAGCCAUAGAGCAAAUACUGUAGGAUGUAAAAUGCCUUAAAACACCAGCAGCUUUUUUUCUGGCCAUGUGUGUGAUGUGUAUGAUUCUGUUCAGUGGGGUGUUUAAUCAUUAUUAUCUCUUUAUUAGCGUUUAUUAGAGCUACCAUGACUACAAAAGCAUAGGGAUUGAAUGUAGAUGACAUGCUAUUCUCUUUACUGUUAUUACUACUCAUGUAUUGCUGUAUGACACCAUAUCAAUAAAGACUUGACAUUACUGAGGUGCA